UCAUUUUUCUGCCUCUUUGGAGAGCAAAGGAAAGGGAAGCAUCCACGCGAGUCCCCCCUUUCCUUUGCCUUGCAGUUUGGAUCGCGCCUUUUGGCUCUCGCUUUUAUUUAUUCUAUUUAUUUAUUUAUUGGUUCUCAAGACGCGAGGGGAUGGUGGCGGAGCGCGCCCGCAAAGCGACAGCCACCGGCGCCGGCGGCCCUGGGGAGCUGGGCGCGCCCGGGACGGGGACCGUGGCGCUGGCGGAGCACUGCGCAAGGCUGCCGAGCCCAGGGUGGUGCGGGCUGCUGGCGCUGGUGCUGUGCUCGCUGGCCCUCAGCCUGCUUGCCCACUUUCGGACGGCGGAGCUGCAGGCCCGGGUGCUGCGCCUGGAAGCUGAGCGCGGGGAGCAGCAGUUGGAGACGGCUAUUUUGGGACGAGUCAACCAACUGCUGGAUGAGAAAUGGAAGUUCCAUCUGCGAAGGCGCCGGGAGGCCUCGGAGACGUCUCCAGGAUGUAACUGCCCACCAGGACCUCCUGGCCCCACUGGAAGACCCGGACUUCCGGGGAACAAGGGCGCCAUUGGGAUGCCUGGACGUGUGGGUGUCAAGGGUCAACCAGGAGAGAAGGGUGCCCCUGGAGAUGCAGGCAUGUCCAUCAUCGGUCCUCGAGGCCCCCCUGGCCAGCCGGGCACACGAGGCUUCCCUGGAUUUCCGGGUCCCAUUGGUCUUGAUGGAAAACCGGGCCAUCCCGGACCAAAAGGGGAGAUGGGCCUGACAGGUCUCCGUGGACAACCGGGACCUCAAGGACAAAAGGGAGAAAAGGGUCAGUGUGGCGAGUACCCACACCGGCUGUUGCCUCUUCUCAAUUCGGUGCGGCUGGCUCCACCCCCAGUCAUUAAAAGGAGGACCUUCCAGGGGGAGCAGAGCCAGGCUGGCAUCCAAGGCCCUCCAGGACCACCAGGCCCCCCAGGACCAAGUGGACCUCUGGGCCAUCCAGGACUGCCAGGGCCCAUGGGGCCACCUGGCUUACCUGGGCCUCCUGGACCAAAGGGAGACCCGGGGAUCCAGGGCUACCAUGGCCGCAAGGGAGAACGGGGCAUGCCGGGGAUGCCAGGCAAGCAUGGAGCCAAGGGAGUUCCGGGGAUUGCUGUAGCUGGGAUGAAGGGUGAGCCAGGGACCCCAGGAGCCAAGGGUGAGAAGGGGGCUGUGGGCUCUCCUGGGCUCUCUGGCCUCCUGGGGCAGAAGGGAGAAAAAGGUGAUGCUGGCAAUGCCAUUGGAGGAGGUAGGGGGGACCCAGGUCCCCCAGGGAUCCCUGGACCCCCAGGGCCAAAGGGAGAAGCUGGUACUGAUGGCCAGGCUGGGCCCCCAGGACAGCAAGGAGAAAAGGGGCAGCCAGGAGCCACUGGGGAGAAGGGACCAGCUGGCCCCAAGGGCUCCAAGGGUGAACCAGGCAAGGGAGAGAUGGUAGAUUACAAUGGAAACAUCAAUGAGGCUCUCCAGGAGAUCAGAACACUGGCCUUGAUGGGGCCUCCUGGUCUACCUGGGCAAACAGGCCCACCCGGAGCUCCAGGGACUCCAGGCCAAAAGGGGGAGAUUGGACUGCCAGGCCCCCCGGGACAUGAUGGUGAUAAGGGACCUCGAGGAAAACCAGGAGACGUGGGCCCCACUGGCCCCCAAGGACUCCCUGGGAAGGAUGGACCUCCAGGAAUGAAGGGAGAGCCUGGACCCUCAGGGAGCCCAGGAGAGAAAGGAGAGACUGGACAAGCAGGCCCCCCGGGUCUAGACGGCCCAACUGGGGAGAAAGGAGAACCAGGUGACGAAGGGAGGCCCGGAGCGACAGGAUUGCCUGGGCCCAUCGGGCUCCCGGGAUUCACAGGAGAGAAAGGAGAAGCCGGGGAGAAAGGUGACCCUGGAGCAGAGAUUCCUGGGCUGCCAGGGCCAGAAGGACCUCCUGGACCACCGGGCCUCCAAGGUGUUCCUGGACCAAAGGGAGAAGCAGGCCUAGAUGGAACCAAAGGAGAGAAAGGUGCCCAGGGAGAAAAAGGAGACCGAGGGCCUCUGGGGUUGCCUGGAGCUUCAGGUUUGGACGGCAGGCCUGGGCCACCGGGUACUCCAGGACCAAUCGGAGUUCCAGGCCCAGCUGGACCAAAGGGCGAAAGGGGCAGCAAAGGAGACCCAGGGAUGACUGGACCAAUGGGAGCAGCUGGACUUCCUGGUUUACAUGGACCACCCGGGGACAAAGGAAACCGGGGAGAGAGGGGGAAGAAAGGCUCUAGAGGGCCUAAAGGGGAUAAGGGGGACCAAGGAGCACCUGGCCUAGACGCCCCCUGUCCAUUGGGAGACGAUGGCUUACCAGUCCAGGGCUGCUGGAACAAGUGAUGCCGCUAACCUUGGAUUGGCCUGUGUGUGUUUGUACAUAGGAUAUUUAUUUUUAUACAGUUUUCACUUUUUUGAAAAUGCCAAGAAGUAUGAUGCAUCCUACAGAUUAUUAAAAAAGAGAAAAACAUGCAUAUUUGUACAGAAAAUAACAGCCUUUUCCUUUUGGUUUACAAGAUGUUUUUGUAUAAAUCUGUUUCUAAUACACUUUGUCCGUGUACACUACUAAUGUUUGCAUGAUAUUUGUGCACACUUAUUAAGUAUCACAGCUUAAUAAAUUAUGGUGAGUGUUCCAGUGCCAAAA